GCAGGCCGACCUCAGCCACGCCGCACGUGCCGCUCGAGGAACCGGGGCCGCUCCGCUCCGAGCUGUUCAACUGGCUCCAGGGGCCGAGACCGGUGCCUUCAUCCAGCGUGCCAUACGCCCGACUGAGCCAGGCGGCGCGCGCGUUGCAGGACUCCACCGAGAGCUACUCGUUCUGGUGGCUGGAUCUGCAGGUGCGUGAGCCGCAGUUGGACAGCAUCGGCUGCUGCAACCUCUGCCGCGGCACCAGCUGGAAGCCGUACCCCGUCAGCUUCCAGAUCACCACCAUGUCCGACUCGCCGAUGCUCUGCGCCAAUUACAUGGUGAUCCGGCGGUGGGACGAGGACUUCAUGAAGCUGGCCGCCAGCCUCAGGAGCCAGUUCGCCUUCAACACGGAGCUGAUGCGCGGCCUGAAGUCGCUGGGACCGCGGCGGCUGACCAGCGUCUCUGACGAUGAGCUCCUGCUCCAGUGCGGCCUCCACAAGAGGCUGCUCAAGUGGAUCCUAGCCCACGAGGUGUUCUACAGCAGCCACGACCUGCACGCCUUCCUCGGCUGCCGGGAGGAGGAGUGUCCGUCCAACAGGACGGACGCCGUCAGGAAGUUCCCGCUGUACCCGCCGCGCCUUUGAUGGCCGUCGCGGGACCGGCAGACUGGGGCGCGUUGUCUCGAGAGCAACGCGAAAACUCAUCCUUGGGAGAAACGUGUUUUUAAGAUCUCAGGGAAAGCGUGUGACAAGCUGACAUGCCUUAGAACAAGACGGGACCGUGGCUAUAUCCAGGAAGACAGCGUCAUCAUUGCAUCGAAAGGCCCGUCUCAGCUCAAGGGCCGCGGUGGUACUGUGAACAACUGCCAAUGCAUUCGUUACAGGGAGCAUUUGUCUUUCAGGGCCGUUCAUUUAAGCAUGGUUGCUCAGUUCCUGGAGAAAGCGGAGGUUUUGUGUGUUAUCUGUAUGUGUGUCUCUGCGCUAUUUUAUUCAUCUAUUUAAAGCGAUGUAUUUCAGACUUUUUGCGACAUCCAAAGCCCUUACAGUUGAUAAGUUGUAACACUUUCGUUAGCCAGCAACAACGAAUGCUGAGUGCCUGAUUGCGUGCUUAGAUUGUUCUGGUGAUGUACAUAGGUCCUGGUGCCACUGUAUAGUUUUAAGACGUAGAGUGACAUUUCUAAAAAAUGUGAACGGUCGUACGAGAUGUUUGCCUUUUUACUACGCUUCAUAUAAUACAAACUGAUAAGGCGUCACAUACUUUCCUUAGGCGUUAGAUGUUCCUUUGGUGACAAAUACACAUAUUGGACGUUUGUUCUAA